AUACUACCCUCAACAGAAACAAAAAAAAGCCUCCAUUCUUUUCAUUCAACGCUGCAACCUAAAACAGGCUAGCUCGCACGUCCGGACUCUCUGAAGACGUCGACGGACUUUUCUAGAUCCCCGGCCGUGGGCCGAAUGCUUGGCCGGAGCUUAAAAGGAUCCUCUCUAAAUUAGCCCCGUGGAUGAGCCACCAUGGUACGCCUGACCAUAGAUCUGAUUGCUAAAUCCGGGAGAAACUUCAAAAAGAAAAGGGGCCUCUCCUUCCCAGAGUACCUCACGACACUUACCCACCUCCACUUCUUCAGCAGGAACAUUGACGACAUUGGGGAUCUCUCCGUGUGUAGAAACCUCACCGUCCUUUACCUGUAUGAUAAUCAGAUCACGAGCAUAUGCAACCUUGGCUUUGCCUCCAACCUCACCCAUCUUUACAUGCAGAACAAUAACAUCACUCAUAUAGAUAAUCUCACCAAUCUGCAGAAGCUGUCCAAAUUGUAUCUGGGUGGAAACAAGAUUGCUGUGGUCGAGGGCUUAGAUACACUGUGUGAGCUCAAGGAGCUUCACCUGGAAAACCAGAGGCUGGCACCGGGGGAGAAGUUGCUCCUUGACCCCAUGACUCUCCGCUCUCUGGCUGAAUCUCUUUGUGUACUGAAUAUCAACAACAACAACAUUGAUGAAAUCAGGGACCUGAGCGUGCUGAAGGAGCUCCAGCAUUUCUCUGCUGCUGACAAUAGAUUGUACGAUAUGGAGGAGCUGGAGGACGUUUUCUGCCAUUGGCCUCAAUUGCUUCAAAUGGAUUUGAGUGGAAAUCCUGUUUGUAAAAGCAAAAAGUACAGAGACCGCCUAAUAACCGCAGUCCGAAGCCUGCAGGUUCUGGAUGGCAGUGAAAUUAAUGAGUUGACCAGACAGUUCCUUAUUAACUGGAAAGCAUCCAAAGAGGCCAAGAAGAAUAAAAACCGUUCGUUUACCUGUCCUGUAACAAAUUACUUUAACGUGUGUCAUGGUGCACGCCUCGGCCACAUCUGCAGCCACGCAAACGUUACAAAAAUGAACGGUUCCUACAGGGGGACAUCUCAUUCGCGGAGCGGCCUCAUCAUCUGCCGUCUAGUGGCUGCUUAAGACAGACGUACAAGUCCACUAAGAUCUCCACCCGUGCAGGACAAACUCUGCUUCUCCCUGUAGUUUAAGCACCUCCGUCAUCAUAGUUCUGUAUAUUUCAUGCUUGCAUAUUUAGCAGGACAGAAGAGAGUCCCUGUCACUGCUGCAGAGACACUGUAUCCUUGACCUACAGUGGAUACAAGGAGUUUAAAGAUUUACCUUCUUUUUUUUUUUACAGAAAAUAUUGAGAUUGUAUCUGUCUCUUUGAUAUACAUUUCUGUAAAUGAAUAGGGCGGAAAUAAUAUGCUGGUGUUACAAAUUCUGAAAUUAAAGCGUAAGACAAUGCAUAAUGGUA